GAAUAAUCGUCCUUGCUCGCCCCGAAACGCGCCAUGAUUUUGACAGGACUUCUGGAUUAUCUGAUGACUCCACAGCUUCAAUGUUUGCAAAGCUUUCAAGAAGAGAAGGAGGAUGAGUUCCAGGUUGAGGAGGAGGAUUCCCAGGAAGCGAAACCAGUGGCGACUGGGGAAUGGGUGGACCCUGAACCGAGGCUCUCUAGCAAGGCUCAGGCCGUUGCGCCCGAACUGCUGCAACGACUUGGGCUGAAUCCCCUCGUGGAACUGAACAUUGAGACAUCCACGCAACUGCUGAAAGAUCUUUGUUUGGAGUUUGAACUCACUCUGCUUGAAGUUGAACCUUUGCUUCUACCUACUUGGAAAGCGGAGAAGAGCUUCCCUUCAAGGGAGAUUCUUUUUGAUUCCAUGAACUUGGAAUCCUGCUUUCAGCAGUGGCCAUCAAACGGGGAGAACUUUGAGAUGACCAUGAGCAACCAAAACAUGGAGUUCUUUUUUGGCGAAUUUGGAAAGACAUCUUCCUACGAAAGUGAGAAGCCCUUGUUUUGGGACCCGAUGAGUGGAACAUUCCAGUCGUGUCGCUGGAUGGAGCUUCUGAACGGAAGUGCGCUUGCCCGACUGCUGAGCGCAGACCUCGCAGGGCUUUGUUUAGAUCGUAAGAUGGUGCCAGAGCGACUUCGAAUUACUCAGGUCCUUCUCGCGAGUCUUCGCCGUGUUCAUUGGGCCCCAGAGCAUGCGUGGAUUUUUCCUGAAUGGCAUCAAAAACGUAUGGCUUUCAUCUCCUGGAUUGGCAAGGAGCUUGGCUUUGGUGUUUUUCUAUGGGCCGACAAAGUUGUACCCUUUUUGCCCAUCGAGCCAGAUCUUAGCUCCUGAGUGCUAGUGGAAUUUGUGGUGCAACGGUCGGGUAUAGCAG